GCCGUCGAGGGCGUUGUCCAGAAGAACUUUGAGACCGGAAAGGUCAAGAGCAAACGAAGCAAGCGAAAGCGCGAGCUUUCAGAGGAGGAGCAGAAUGCGGAAGCACCUAAGCAGUCAGAGGUCAUGAAGUACUUCCAGCUGCCCCCUGCGCUGGCCUUCGUGUCUCGAGCCAUUACCCAGAUGCAAGGCGUUGGAGUGAUGCUGGACGAGGACUACGAGUUCAUCGACUUUGUAGCUGACAAGGUGCCGGAGCUUCAGGUCGAGCGAG